UCACCAGGCUAGGUUGAGACUGCAGAGCUUUUCCACGUCAGUGUGUUUACCAAGACCAGAUUGACAGCUGCAGGAAGGUGUUCAGUUUAUUCACUUAUGGAGCAUUUUUUGAAGAGUGAAUGAAUAAGUAGUGUUUGGAAAUAUUACGUUAUCACGCAGUGGAAUGUCCGAAACUUUUAGUUUGUCCUGUUCUCGUAGUGAACUGAACUUUGGUCUUCUUCAUUCACUGUUGGCCGGCUAGCCUGCUAGUUUGCCGAGCUAGGCUAGCAUUAGCUACAGCAGGACUCCAUCUUUGAAAUAGCAGCAUCAUACAGAAAAGCAGCAUGGUGGACAAGAAUAUCUACAUCGUCCAGGGUGAAAUUAGUACUGUUGUUGGAGCUAUCAAGAGGAACUCCAGAUGGAAUACCCACACUCCACUGGACGAAGAACAGGACCCGUUACUUAACAGCUUUGGCCACCUCAAGGAAAUACUCAACAACAUAAAAGAGCUGUCAGAUGUUGAACCCAACGUUUUUCUGAGGCCCUUCCUAGAAGUGGUCCGCUCUGAGGACACCACUGGACCAAUCACAGGCAUCGCCCUCACUUCUGUCAACAAGUUCCUUUCCUACGGCCUUAUAGAUGCCAACCAUGAAGCAGCAGCAGAAGCCAUUGAGAACAUGGCUGACGCCGUCACACACGCUAGAUUUGUGGGAACAGACCCUGCCAGCGACGAAGUCGUCCUCAUGAAAAUUCUGCAGGUCCUGAGGACUCUGCUGCUGACACCAGUCGGAGCCCAUCUGACCAAUGAGUCCGUCUGUGAGAUCAUGCAGUCCUGCUUCAGGAUCUGCUUUGAGAUGCGUCUAAGUGAGCUCCUCAGAAAAUCAGCUGAACAUACACUGGUUGACAUGGUGCAGCUACUGUUCUCUAGACUACCACAGUUCAAAGAGGAGGCCAAGAGUUAUGUGGCUGCCAACAUGAAGAAGGCUUACAAUAUCUUGUGGAAAAACAAACGAGUGCAGUUGAAGAUGCGUGCCGGUGGGAUUACAGAGUCAUCCAAAUGGAAGAAGCAGAAACGCUCACCGAGGCAGUCUCGCCACAUGGUCCGAAGUCCCUCCGGUCAGAUGGACUCGACACAGUCCAGCACCCUCAGCAACAACAACAUUUUAGGUGGCGUCCCGUUCAUUGAGCAAGGCUUGUCCACCUCUGGCCUGCCAGCUUCAGACAGUGCUGGUUCGUCAGUUUCCAGCCCUACAACCACAGACAGUGGCCUGGGCACCUGUUCAAAAGCCGCCUCCAGGGAAGACCUCUCUGACCUGGAACAAUGUUACUCGUCGGCAACCACCCCUGGCACUGCUGCUACGCUUCCAGGGACUGAGACCGGCUCUCCGGAUUCACAGUCUGAGGGCAGGCAGGUAGAAACACCUCAGUCGGCCUCGGUGGAGUCCAUCCCUGAGGUUCUGGAGGACAGAGACGCCAAUACAGAGCAGUCAGACAGCCCCUCUAUCCAUGACAUAGACUAUGUUAACCCCAGAGGAGUACGUUUCACACAGUCCACACAGCGAGACGGAGCGUCCCUCAUCCCUUAUGGCCUGCCAUGUCUAAGGGAGCUUUUUCGCUUCCUGAUCUCACUGACUAACCCCCAUGACCGCCACAACACUGACGCCAUGAUGCACAUGGGCCUGCAGCUGCUGACUGUAGCGCUUGAGUCGGCACACAUUACUAACUACCAGUCUUUACUCGGACUGGUCAAAGAUGAGCUCUGCAGACAUCUCUUCCAGUUGCUGAGUGUGGACCGUAUGAACCUCUAUGCUUCCUCCAUACGGGUUUGCUUCUUGCUUUUUGAAAGCAUGAGAGUACAUCUUAAGUUUCAGCUUGAGAUGUACCUAAAGAAACUGAUGGACAUCAUCACGUCGGAGAACAUGAAGAUGCCCUAUGAGAUGAAGGAGAUGGCUCUGGAGGCACUGGUCCAGCUGUGGAGGAUUCCCAGCUUUGUCACUGAGCUGUACAUCAAUUUUGACUGUGACUACUACUUCUCCAAUCUGUUUGAGGACCUCACCAAGCUGCUGUCCAAGAAUGCGUUCCCAGUGUCGGGGCAGCUGUACACCACCCACCUCCUGUCACUGGAGGCUCUGCUCACAGUGAUCGACAGCACUGAAGCCCACUGCCAGGCCAAGGUGCUCAACAGCACUGCUCAGCAAGACCAGUCAGAUACCCUGCUGGCAGAGGGAGAAGGUUCAACCCAAAACCCAACAGACACUACCACUGACCUCAAUAGACUGGCUAGUACCAAUGGUGUGAGUCUUCCACAAGUUGAGAAUGCACCAGCGUGUCCACCAACCAGUGGCCAUCUGAUGGCAGAGAAGAUGAUUCUGGGUAGGCAGGAUCAAGGGGACAAUGACACUGCUGAGAAGAGAGCCCUGAAAAAGCCUCAACGUUUCUCCUCAUGUUUACCUGAUUCUCAAGAGUUGAUGGACAUCAGAACGAAGAAAAAGCUGCUGAUCACAGGCACAGAGCAGUUUAACCAGAAGCCCAAGAAGGGCAUCCAGUUUCUGCAGGAGAAAGGCCUCCUCAGUAACCCCAUAGACAACAACCAGGUGGCCCAGUGGCUCCGAGAAAACCCCCGACUGGACAAAAAGAUGAUCGGAGAGUACAUCAGCGAUCGCAAGAACAUGGAACUCCUGGACAGCUUUGUAAACACAUUCACCUUCCAGGGGCUUCGUAUUGAUGAGGCCCUGCGGCUCUACCUGGAGGCCUUCAGACUGCCUGGAGAGGCUCCGGUCAUCCAGAGACUCCUCGAAACCUUCACUGACAACUGGCAUAAAGUGAACGGCUCUCCUUUCAUGACCAACGAUGCCGGCUUUGCCUUGGCCUACGCUGUCAUAAUGCUCAACACUGACCAGCAUAACCACAAUGUCCGCAAGCAGAACAUCCCCAUGACUAUAGAGCAAUUCAAGAAAAAUCUGAAGGGGGUAAAUGGAAACAAAGACUUUGACCAGGACAUGUUGGAGGAUAUCUACAAUGCUAUCAAGAACGAGGAGAUUGUGAUGCCAGAUGAGCAGACAGGGUUAGUGAAGGACAACUAUGUAUGGAGUGUGUUGCUCCACCGUGGCGCCACACCUGAAGGGCUCUUCCUCCACCUGCCAGCCGGCAGCUACGACCAUGACCUGUUCACCAUGACCUGGGGCCCAACCAUCGCUGCCCUCUCUUACGUCUUUGACAAGAGCCUGGACGACAACAUCAUCCAGAAGGCCAUCACCGGCUUCAGGAAAUGCGCAAUGAUAGCAGCUCACUAUGGCUUCAGUGACGUUUUCGACAAUUUGAUCAUCUCCCUCUGCAAGUUCACCACCCUGAGCAGUGAGUCUGUGGAAAACCUUCCUACAGUGUUUGGCAGCAAUAAUAAGGCACAGACAGCAGCCAAGACGGUGUUUGACCUCGCCCAUCGGCACGGCAACAUCCUGAGGGAGGGCUGGAAGAACAUCAUGGACUCCAUGCUACAGCUGUUCAGAGCCGAGCUGCUGCCCAAAGCCAUGGUGGAGGUGGAGGAUUUCGUGGAGCCAAAUGGGAAGAUUUCUCUUCAAAGAGAGGAAACGCCGUCAAAUCGGGGGGAGUCGGCGGUGUUGAGUUUUGUCAACUGGUUGACGUUAAGUGGAGCCGAGCAGUCGGGACUCAGAGGACCCUCCACGGAAAACCAAGAGGCCAAGCAGGCUGCCAUCCUCUGCAUAAAGCAAUGUGACCCCGAAAAGCUGAUCACAGAGAGUAAAUUUUUACAGCUGGAGUCUCUGCAGGAGCUAAUGAAGGCUCUGAUAUCAGUCACCCCAGAUGAAGAGACGUAUGAUGAAGAGGAUGCUGCCUUCUGCUUGGAGAUGUUGCUGCGGAUCAUUCUGGAGAACCGAGACCGUGUAUCAUGUGUGUGGCAGACAGUGCGAGACCAUCUCUGCCAUCUCUGCGUCCACCCCAACGAGAGCUGCUUCCUGGUGGAGAGGGCUGUGGUGGGACUCCUUCGACUCGCGAUCCGCCUGCUACGACGAGAAGACGUUAGCUCUCAGGUUCUCCUCUCACUGCGUCUCCUUCUGAUGAUGAAGCCCCCAGUCCUGGCCCGGGUCAGCAGGGAGGUGGCCUAUGGCCUCCAUGAGCUGCUGAAGACCAACGCUGCCAACAUCCACUGUACAAACGACUGGUUCACGCUCUUCUCCCUGCUGGAGUGCAUCGGAGCCGGGGUGAAACCUCCUGCCUCAUUCCAGCUCACCUCUAGCACACCGGACAGCGACACAGGAGCCCAGUCAGAUAGCGAGCUGCCAUCUCCUCAUCUUAGUGAAGUGAGUUCAGAGCGUGGCUACACGUCUGACUCCGGGGUCUACACCGAGCACAGCAAGACCAGGAUCCCUCGCUCAGCAACAGAUGUGGACGUAGCAAGCAGUGGAUGGCUAGUGGUUGGGAAAGAUGACCUGGAGACGAGUAAGACCCCUCUUGUAAACUCUAAAGCUCAGUUGAAUCACCCGCUGGUCAACCAGUACAGUCUGACGCUGGGCCAGGACCUGGGCCAGCACGACACCAAGUCUCUCAUCAAGUGUGUGGAAACGCUGUCGUUCAUCGUCCGGGAUGCCGCCCAUGUCACCCCGGACAACUUUGAGCUGUGUGUUCGAGCUAUACGAGUGUUUGUGGAGGCCAGUCUCAACGGAGGUUACCGCAACCACGAUAAGAAGAAGAGCCACAAGUAUGACUCCUCCAAGUCCCGGAUGAGAAAGAAGGCCGGGGGAAGGGACAAGGAGGGGGGAGGUGGCCCGAGGCGAGGUGGCGGCAGGGCGUCCAGCCAGCGUCCGUCACGUUCCCACAGUGACGAGGAGGAGGACGAGGGUGUCCCGGCUAGCUACCACACGGUGUCAUUACAGGUUAGUCAGGACCUAUUAGACCUGAUGCACACUCUGCACACGCGGGCUGCCAGCAUCUACAGCUCCUGGGCAGAGGAGCAGCGCCACCGGGAGGCUGCAGGGAGGAAGAUCGAGGCCGACUCCCAGACUCUGUGGACCAGCUGCUGGUGCCCGCUGCUGCAAGGCAUUGCUUGGCUGUGCUGUGAUGCCAGGCGACAGGUUCGUAUGCAGGCCCUCACCUACCUCCAGAGGGCACUGCUGGUCCAUGAUCUGCAGACACUGGAUGCAACUGAGUGGGAGUCUUGCUUCAAUAAGGUGCUUUUCCCCCUGCUGACUAAGCUGCUUGACAACAUCAGCCCAGCAGAUGUGGGUGGUAUGGAGGAGACCAGGAUGAGAGCCUGCACACUCCUCUCAAAGGUUUUCCUGCAGCACCUCUCUCCUCUGCUGUCCCUGCCAACCUUUGCUGCCCUUUGGCUCACCAUUCUGGAUUUCAUGGACAAGUACAUGCACGCAGGAUCCAGUGACUUACUGUUGGAGGCAAUCCCUGAGUCUCUGAAGAACAUGCUGCUGGUGAUGGACACAGCAGGGAUCUUCCACAGCGCUGACUCCAGGACAGGAUACUCCGACCUGUGGGAAAUCACCUGGGAACGAAUCGUCUGCUUCCUGCCUCACCUGAGGGAGGAGCUCUUCAAACAGACGGUCAUACCAGAUCCAGUACCCAGUCCUGCAGCAGAACCCGUGCAGCCUCCACCCUCAGCAGGCCAGCCCUCAUCCCCUCAGGUGUCUCCACCACCUGUCCAGCCGCCCUCCCCAGUCCCAGCCCCCCCUGCAGAGACACAGACCCCCAGCAGGCCAGCAUCCCCCCAGGAGCCCCAACCAGCCAGUGCCAACGGUAACACUGCAGGAUCAGACCGCUCGUCUCCAGUCCCCCCCUCAAUCCCCCCCCUGCCCGUGCCGCUAACGACGUCCCCCACCCAGGCUCCCUCCCCCCUGAGCCAGUCCCCCCUCAUCCUGCAGCCCCUGGCCUCCCCCCUGCAGGUGGGGGUCCCGCCCAUGUCCCUGCCGAUCAUCCUGAACCCCGCCCUGAUUGAGGCCACGUCCCCGGUGCCGCUGCUGCCCAGUCCCAGAGCUACGAGCCCUUCUGACCAGGUCAAGUAAGGGAACUGGAGCCCCCCCCAACCCCCCCAACCCCCCACUCUGUCAUCCUUCAGACCACCGUAACAACUGGACCCAACAGACUUCUACUACAACUCCAACAGCGCGUCACCAGGUUUUUAAAUGAUGUCAUAUUGUAUGUAGAAGAAGACAAAAUAGAUGGGACAUCGUAAUUAUACCACAUUUUAUUUAUAGGAGAACUCUCUCUCCCCCCCCGCCCCCCCAACAUCUGACAUUGUUGAAAAAACCAAUUGCUGGUGUACAUUAUAUCUUUGUGCCAGUUUUGUGUUUGGUAUAUUCUUCUUCCUGUGGAUGGAUGACUAAAUGGAGACAACAGGACAUCAUGUCUAGAUUGUUGGGAACAGAAAAUGCAGGAUGAUAGUCAUAAAAGGACAAAUCUGAUUUAUUCUUUUAAUAUUUAAGCCCUUGUUGUAAUUGACAUUUUUAGCGAACCCACUCAAACUGUAGAUUCCAACAAGGGCUGUAGCUGCCAGAGCAGACGGGGAGAAUGGGGGAAGAGCUGAUGUUGUUCUACACAUGGGGAGCAUUUUAUUGGCUGAUCCCAGAAUUUUUAAAUUCAAUGCAUUAUAUGUGUUUUAGACCAAUACAAUAAAAUACAAAUUCCGAUUCCGUAUUUCCCCACCACCGUUUUAUCCCUGGGAGGGUUAGGCAGGUGUUAACUGUCUUAAAAUCUCCUAAAAGACCCAAAGCCAACAAUGUGUACGUCCAUGUGUCAAUACUUAGACUUCUGUACCCGUCUGGGGCUCUCAGCUCCAAGCCCAUUGGUUCCUACUGAAGAUGUAAACCUUUAAAAACACCUCACAAAAGUAUAGUUUCAUUUUUUAUUUGAAAUGGCUCCGUUGUUUCCCACAACAGCUGGUCACUGUUGUUUUUAACCAACGUUACUCAAACAGGAAAUAGAGCAUUUGUGGGGACUAUUUUCAGAGGCAGAUUAAUCAACAUUUGGUGCUCUAGUGAGUAUUUGUGGGGUUGAGUCAAAAUAAAAUCCAGUGUGUGUUGAUGGUGAUGAAGGCACAGUCCCCCAGUGUGUUUUUAAUGGAUCGCUAUGGCACAAAGGAAGAAGAUAUACCACCAGCUUUGGGGAACAUGGUCGCAUGACUUUAGUAUUUCUGUUUAAUAUUCCCACCCCCCCCACCCUUCCAUAGAUUUGAACUUGAUACGACCAGGCUGACCUCAUGGCUUCGCUCACACACCUGUGCUUUAUGCUAAUCUAGAGAUGAUUUUUGAGGCAGGGACAGUAAAGAUCCACACAAGAAAGUUAUUUCUUUUCAAUUCUGCAUGAGCUCUUUGCCCCCGACAACAAAC